CGACGGCGCCCCCGACGACGUAACGACACGCAGCAUCCCGCAUCUGGCGCUUCCACGAACAGACGGAUCGAUCCCCGUCGCAUUGGUCUCGAUCUCGGCCUAGGGACCACUCCCCGGGCCUCCCGUCGCCCGCGAUGCAUUUCGCACUCCCCCCACGAAAAACGUCGCAGCCUCCGCCCUACCUCCCGCGCACAUCACGAUUGCCCGGCCUGCGGAGGACGCGCCUCAAGGUCAUUGCGCUUGGCGGGCUCUUCUUCCUCGCCCUCCUAUACUUCGCCACCCGACCGAGUAGCCGAUAUGCGGCGGUGCGAGCACCAAAGGGCGACCCGCCCGUGGUGCUGGUGACGGUGUUGGAUGCGAGCAAGUAUAGCGGGGUGUAUCUGGAGACGGUGAAGCAGAAUAGGCUGAAGUAUGCCGAGAAGCACGGCUACAAAACCCUCCUCGCAAGGAUCGGCGACUACGACCUAGGCGGCUCGCCCUUCUCCUGGAUGGCCAUUUUCGCCAUGCGCGACGCGCUGACCAAAUACCCAGACUGCCACUACGUCUGGUUCCUCGAUGCGAGCAGCUUUAUCAUGAACCCGAAGCUGAAGAUAGAGGACCACGUUAUGCAGCCGGCCAAGUUGGACGAGCUGAUGAAGAAGGACUAUCCCGUGGUUCCGCCGGACAGUAUCAUUAAGACGUUCAGCCAUUUGAAAGGGCAGGACGUGGACUUUGUGAUCACGCAGGACAAGGACGGGCUGUCGUCGGCUAGCUACAUCGUGCGCAACGGCGACUGGGCGCGCUUCUUUCUCGAGACGUGGUUCAGCCCGCUUUAUCGGAGCUACGAUUUCCAGAAGGCAGAGACGCAUGCUUUGGAACACAUGGUGCAGUGGCACCCGACCAUCCUCUCCCGCAUGGCCAUCGUUGACCAGCGCCUCAUCAACUCCUACGUCAAGGGCGGCAAGGAUGAAGAGUACAAGGACGGGGAUCUGGUCAUCAGAUUCCCCGAGUGUACAGCCACCGGGCCGCAGGCGUGCGAGAAAGAGUCUCAGGUGUUUGCGCAGGCGUGGCGGAGGGUGUUUGCCAGCACAUGAUGGCUCGAACUUGGUGGAUGAUAGCUUUGGCGUCGGCAACAA